AUGGCUCCAGUUCCAGAGAAACGGGAAUUCUCCGGCAUUCCUGCUGUGGGAGCUGCCGACCUCUACAUUCGAGACGGCAGCAAUGAGGACACCAUCGACACCUCACCCUCUCUCAAUAUCAUGACUCAUCCCCUCGCUGCUCGUGCCGACUCGACAACAACCCAAGCUCCAAUCCGUGGAGCGGGCACUGUUGACCCACACAGCAUCAAGAUGCAAGGUCUGAUGGCUUUGUUCGCUAUCAUCGGCGCACUAUUCGUCCUAGGCGCAAUUUGGUUCUUCUUCUGGGCCAAAAACGGUGGAUUUGUGUGGCGAAAGGGCGAUUGGGAUGACUACAAGUCCACUGUGCUUCGACGGAAAGGACCCGACGGAAAGACACUCAGUAAUGCAACAAAGAGUACCAAGCUCGGCGGUGGAAGUAUUGUUGGCAAGGGUUACACUGACGACGGAUACUCUUUCACCAAUGAAACCUACACCGACACAGCGACAACAGUUACCGAAGAGAAACCCCGACGUAAGCGUUUUAGAGAAACCGCAAAGGAGAAGCUUCUUCGCCGCAACAAGCACGAACAGUGGGAGGGUGCCGAGGACGCUGAUGUGCGCGCAUACCGUGAAGAAAAGCCCGCUCGCAUUGGUGGCAUGAACCGUGAGGCCGACGGAACCUACAACGGCAGCGACUAUGACACUUCCGCGCCGCCAACAUCCUACCAACAGAGUGAAAUGAGCCAAGCCCAUGACUUUGCUUACGACCAGCCCCGCCGUCAACGCCGCGAUCCCUCCGGAUUCUCAUUCACACAGGGCAGCGAGGAUGUCAUCAGCCAUACGACUGAAGAGCGUCGUGUCCGGGAACCAUCUGCCCGCCGUCACAAUCGCCGUCGUGACCGUCACAGUCAGGCUGGACCACCCCCCGCUCCUUCAUCUCGCACCAGCAGCCCGCGAAAGCAUGACCGCCGCUCCCAACCUCACCCCCCAGGCCAUUUCACCGAGCCUCUGGAUUUCUCAUCUGCAGGCUCUCGCUCUGAAUACCAGUAUUCCAAUGUCGACACCGAGGACUCUGGUACAAAGAGUUACAAGCACCCCAUUCCCGGGUUAACAAAGGGCUACCGUCGUGACGGCCGCAGUCGUCGCCGUGACAGUCUGAGUGACAGCGAAGGCGAGACUCAGUACUCAUGA